GGGUUAACAGCGAAGACAGGGAACGCGUAAUAGUUAAGCUAGCUUUGAAGAGAGAAAGAAAGAGAAGAAUGGCGGAAGAGGGACAAGUGAUCGGUAUCCACAGCAUCGAUGCGUGGAAGGAACAACUCGAGAAGGGAGUUCAAACCGGCAAACUGAUUGUGGUGGAUUUUACUGCUUCUUGGUGCGGCCCAUGCCGUUUCAUUGCUCCAAUUCUGGCUGAGAUUGCUAAAAAGACGCCUGAAGUCACCUUCCUCAAGGUGGAUGUGGAUGAAUUGAAUCCUAUUUCCGAGGAGUGGCGUGUUGAGGCUAUGCCAACCUUCCUGUUCUUGAAAGGGGGCAGGGAAGUGGACAGGGUUGUCGGUGCCAAGAAAGAGGAUCUGCAAAAUGCAAUAACCAAACAUGCUACCAUUACCGCUGCUGCUUGAUGUGCUAUGUUAAAAUGUGGAGAACAAUAAACUAUUUUUCUUCGAGUCAGUUUGCUUUUGCUUUUCUUUACUCUGUUUGCAUGGUUUCUUCAUGACUUUGGAGUUUGUAAAACAUGGUUUGUGGUACGUGUAAAGAAAUUGUUGCUAUGUGGUGCAUAAAGUCAUUCUUGCUAAUGAGGAUGGGCAAUCUACAAACUAUCAAGUUAAUGGUAUUUAUGAAAAUAUUUUGCUUA